AUGGAUGACGAUGACUAUUGGAAUACGAGUGAAACAAAGGCCAAGGCUUUCAGUUUUGAUGACGAUGUCCUCUCAACACAAGAGAUCCUGGCCAUUGGUCAGAAGUCCUACUCCUCACCAGGACAGAGCGAAGAGAGCCUCUUCAAUAACAUCAGCAUAUCCACAGUUCAGUCAGCAGCCAUACCACUGAACAGUCUUGUUUCAUCUAAAGUUUUAGAUCUGAUUCUUCUAGCACAGUCAGGCAAAGACCCCUCAAAGGAGACUAAAUACGAACCUGAACAGACAGUAGCUAUGACCCUCAAGAGACUGACUCUUGGUCGCAGCUGUUCCUUACAUGUACACCGCAGUAUGAAGAGCAAGACGGAGUUACUAGAUGGAGCGCUGGCUAUAGGAGAUGGGAAUGCUGUGUUGACUGUAGUUCUAUUCCUAAUUCAGACGCUGAACAAGAAGCUUGUUUAUGAGCUGUUGUCUUCAAGACCUGUAGCUCUGAACCACUACAUAGCAUUCUUACAGAACGAGGGGAAAAUAUCAGAACUCACGGACUUAUUAACGAUGUUGGGACGAAGCCCUGAUGCAGCUAUGUACCAAUACCAACACACAGUGAAGACACAGGGCAACAAUGUAGAUGUGUUGCUAAGAAAGUUGGGCAACUUGUUGGCCAACCAUUUCAACCAGCCCGGUGUCGACCAACACCAAGCCAAGAUGAUUGCUGACUAUAUUAAAUUGUUAGAAUGGCAGAAACACGUGAACAAGCCAGAGUUGAGCUACAAGUCAGUGAUUCAGUGUCUGGCGUACAACUGCACGCACCACUGGCACGAGGGGGCCGGGAAUGCCAUGUCGCCACUCACCCUGUGUCAACGGCAUCAGAUAACUCCGCUACAAUACGAUUGGGUUGUGUUGAACGUGCACGCUAAAUCCGGCAAAUGGGACAUCGUGGAAUCAUUAUUUACUAAAAAGGACUGGUUCGGUCGCACAACAAUAUCGUCGAACAUCCCAAUAGAGACACUCCUGUCCCGCCUCAGUCAGUUGCAGGCCAGCAAGCAACUACUCGCCACAUGCGUCAACAAAGUCGCCAACAGUGACGACAGGCUGCGACUCGCGCAUAUGUAUAAGAUCCAUGCAGUUGUAAUAGAGACCCUAGCGAAGCAGAAAGAUAGAACAGCGCUCACCAACUACAAGAUGACCUUGAACCCCCAGUCCGAAGAAUAUAUACUCGCUGAGAAUACUCUUAGAGAUAAUGUAAGUAAUAUACUGAACUAG